UGUGAAGUGAUUAAUGCAAAUUAUAAAUUCACAAUCUUGACAGGUAUCUGAAGAUGGAGGAAGCAGCCUCACUGCGCAGGGCAGCACCGUGCUGGAGCCUGAGCGGCGACCAGCAACUUCUCGAUGCUCUGCAGAACUUACACCAGAGAAUCAUAUCAAAAUGCGAAGAAACCAACACUCGACUCGGUAAUAUGGCGUCAGCUCUCACGCACGCUUCUAUCGCGCUGCACAACGUCAACAACAAAUUCAUGGCUCUCAGCAACAGCCAGUUUAUAGAGAGCAGAGUGUACGAUGACGAUGUCGAGGUUAAAGCGGACACUGUACCAGCGAAGGACCCCCCUCAGGUCGCAGCAGGGUCGGAUCUAGAAAUAUUAAAAUCCAGUCUCAUACAAUUAGAACAAAUGCAUGAAACUGUCACUAUCCUGAAUGACAGUGACACCGACAGUGAAGACGAAGACCAACUUGCCAGGGUGGUGCUGAAACCAAAGGACUUGUAUACAGAUCGACCUUUGCCUCAUAUCAUCGGAUCGUAUGCAUGGAAAACCAAAUGGCACGCAGGUCUCUUGCCGGACGACAGCGACUCGGACAGUACCACGUCGAAGCCGGACCGUGAGCCGGAGCAGUACUCCGAUUCGGAGCCGGACUCCACCGGGAACAUACAAACAGACAGGCAGCGGGAUACCACAGUUUCGUCGUCGGCCUCAUCGCUGGCGCCGUCGCCUCCCCCGGCGCCCGCCGCCGUGGCGCUGGACCUGGCGCGGCGCCUCGGGCUGGGCGCCACCGCCUCCCCCGCCUCCCCCGUCUCCCCCGCAGACACACCCAAGAUGCCAGAAACAGAAGAAGAAUUCACGCCACCAAAACCCGCAGUCAGGAAAAUGUACAGACCGGAACAGCCUAGUGCAGGGGCAAUAUUCUCCGACGAACCCCCACCAUUGGACACGGUGUCAACAUCGUCAAACGACGACAUAUUUGCCGAACUACAUCGCGGCCAACAUCGCGACCAUCAUUGGGGCCAACAUCGGCACCAACCCGUCGACGUGUUCGUUACUAAGCAAGCUCCUGACGAUUUGUUUUCUAACGAUGACGACGACGCCGGUGAUAUAUUUAGUGACUUCGCUGAAACUAACAAGCCUACACAGAACCCAGUGCCUAGUACCAAGUCAAAAUCAACCUUAUUCGAUGACGAACCAGAACCUGAUUUGUUUGCUGAAAAACCAAAGCUCGAAGGAAGUGUUAAAAGCGAAUACAAUGAUAGAGUAAAGAAACCAAUUGGAGGUAUAUCUCUGUUUGGCGCUAAAAACUCUGAAACCAUCGGCGCCGCCAUCUUGCAACGGAACCAAACACUAUCAUCUACAUCCGGCAACGAAUCCGAUGACAAUAAACCUAAACCACAGACAAUAAUUAAAAAAGAUAGUUCACAGAUUAGUAAACCAACUAAGGAUAAAAAAGAACCAUUACAGACUAGUAAACUUGAAAUCAGUAGAGAUAUAUUCGAUGACUUGUUUGCUAAAUCGGAAAUUUUACAGAAGAAAGACGGGAAAGAAAAACAGAAAGUAGCAAAUAUAAAAGAAAACGUUUUAGACAAGAAAGUAGAUUUGUUCAAUGACAAUCUUUUCGAUGACAUAGAUGAUAUAUUUACCAAUAAUGUUGUCAAAAGUAAACAAAGUAAAGAAGGAAAUGCCAACAAGACUUUAUUUGAUGAAAGCGACGACCUAUUUGCUGAUAUAGCAGUCACUAAAACUAGUUUUACUAAAGAAAUUAAAAAUAAUUUAGAUAAGUCUAAUACUAAGAGCAUUUUUGGUAGCGACGAUGAUUUAUUUACUGACAAACCCGUCGCGCAGGCUGAAAAAAGAGAAGUAUAUCUAGCUAAAACUAGUAUUACUAAAGUUAAUUUAAAAGAUACGAGUUUAUUCGAUAGUGACGAUGAUGACAAUAAUAUUUUUUCUAGUAAAUCAAAAACUGAUUCUAAGAAGAAACAAGAAAAAAACCAAAACACAAAUGAUCACAAAGAUAUGCUUAAAGAAGAUUUAGACAAUGAUUUAUUUACAAAUUUAACAGAAACCCAAACACAAGGCAAAAUAAGUAGUGAAAUUAAAUCUUCGAUGAGUUCUCAUCUUGCUAAUGACAGUGAACUGUUUACAUCCACUUCCAAAAAUAUAGAUGACUAUAAUGAUUCGUUUAGGAAAGAUGACGAAAAGUCACAAGGUGCUCUUUCAUCUCUAAAAGAUAGUGAGAAGGCUCCAAUUGGUAAUAAAAUAUCAGAAGUUGAGGUAUUACAAACCCAACAGGAUGCAGAAAAUCCUAUGUUUUCUAAAACAAAUUAUGUACAGAAAAGUAACGAUGAUAUAUUUACAAAAGAUAUUGUCCAAGAUGUUGAAGACACUGUAGAUACAAAGGAAUGCAAAAAUUCGGCAAUAAAACAUUCAAAAUCUAAGCAAUUUAAAGUAGAUGAUACAUUUAGUGACAUUAUGGAUGAAGAUGAUGGCGAUAUCUUUUCAAACGAUAAAGAUAAACCACCAAUUAAAGACACAUCUAUAUUAAAUAUUGAAAAUACAUCUGAAUUACAAGACAAGAUAUUAAAUGAUGAAUCUGAGAAUGAUUUGUUUAAAACUAAAAAUGUUGGUACUGAUGUUGUUAAGGAUGUAACUAAAGAUAAAAUGAAACCAACGGUUUCUCAAAAAUCUAUUUCAAAAGCUCCGAAUACAGCUGAAACGGUACACUGUUCAAAAACCAAAAGCAAACAAAAAACUACUGUUAAUACUAAAUCAAACACAAUAAAAUCUGAAAUAAAUAAAAACAGAACCCAUAAUAAUACAAAUUUAUUCGACAAUAUUGCGAAUUUAGCUGAAAAAGGUAAACCUGAUAAUAUGAAAGAUGUUGAUAGAAAUAAAAACGUUACUGUAUUUGACAAUGUGCUACCAGAGGAAAACAUAUCUCAUUCUGAUACUCUUCCAGUUUUUGAAACGCGUAAAAAUACUUUUGAUGAUAUAUUUAAUGAAGCAUCAAAACCUGAACGCGAUUUAUUCUCAGAUAUUUUUAUUGAUCAGCCUCCAAUUUUCGAAAAACCUAAAGAACCUAAAAAGAGUCAAAAUGUAAAUGCUCUUUUCGAUGACGACUCUGAUGACGAAGCGUUGUUUUUUAAGAAGAACGACGUCAUUUUACAUGAUCACCCUGAAGAAUUCAGUCCUGAUAUUAGCGGUGAUAGGUUUGAUAUUUUCCAUGAUGAACCGCCAGCAAUUGAUGUUGUCCAAGAGACUACUAAAAGUGUUUCUAAACAAGAUAGCGGAAUUAUUUUCAAACACAAAGUAAUAGAAGCGAAUACCACUAACAUCAAUGAAAAUUUAUUUGAGUCACGGCAACAUGUUAUAGUAAAAGGAGACAAUGAGAAGUCUAAGAACAAUAUCAAUGACCUGGAAAAUGUAUUUAAUGAUGAAUUAGAUAUUUUACCUGCAGAAUUAAAGACACAAAAAACAGAUGAAAUGAAACCAAAUAUCGACAAGACAGAUGGUAUUCCAAAUGAACCGAAGAGAAUUGGCAAACUAAGACCAAUGAAUUUCAAUAUUAACGUAAACACACUGCUACCUGGUGCCUCACCUAAAAAAGUACAGCAAAUUGAACAAACAGACGAACAAACUAUACCCACAAAGAAUAACAAAGACUUACAAACUAAUGAAGUUUCAGAACAAGAUGGGACUAAACUAGUUAAAUCGGUGAGUUUUGAAAGCGAACCGGAUAGUACAAUUUUAGAUAACAAACUGUCAAAAGAAAGAGUUAAAAUUCAAGUGAAACGACGCCCCUCCACAAGAAGGGCUCGAAGGGAAGCUGUAAAAAAAUCUGGCAUCGAUUUCGGAGAGGAUUCAACUGAUAAUUCUAAUUCAAUUGAUGACCAUGUUAAAGAAUCUAAAAUCGAAGCAGAGGAAGAAAAUGAUGUUAUUGUUUCUGAAAAAACUAAUGUCAGUGAACAGGAUAACUUACAUAAACCUGAUGGGGAUGUUAAAAGUAUGAAAGCGUCAAGAAAUACUGCUACUUCCAAAGAUUUUGCUAUUUCAGAAGGUACUGAUACGUCCAAGGAUUUAAAAACUGAACAAAACCUGUUUUCAAAAGGUAAUACUUUGGAAAAUGUUACAUCAAGUCCAAUAAGAGAUGUAAAAUCAAAAGUAGUUUAUAUCUUAAAUGACGAAGAUAUUUUUAACAGCAAUCCUCAAGUAGUAUCAAAGAUGGAUGCAGAGGUGACUAAAGUCGAUUCUGUUAAAGUCACAGAACCGACCAAUGUUACACUCGCAAAUCUUGACAAUGAAGCAGAUUUAAAUGUUGUUACAAAAGCGCAAUCUGAGGCUACGAAAACAAAACAAAUCUUAAACAUAGUCAAUGAUGAAGAUGACGAUGAUAUUUUCAAAUCAAUGGUUACUAAAUCAGAAUCAAAAACAAAUACACAACCCGUAACCAUUAAACAUUCAAUAAAAAAAUUAGAAACUGCUUUAAAUUCAGACAGUGAUGACGAAAUAUUCAAAGAUUUUACAAACGUAAAGAAAAUGGAAUCCACUUUAAAAAAUGAGAGUACUUCAACAAAACUACCAAAACCGGAACAAAAAGGAAUUUUUGACGAUUUAACUGACGAAGAUAAUGAACUUUUCAAUAAAAAUAAUAAAGGGUUUAAAGCUAGCAACAAUAAAAUAUUCGGUUCUGAUAGUGACGAAGAGUUGUUCGGCAAAAAGAAGGACAAAAAAAGAGAAGUUAAAGAAAAUAAUAUUGAAGUGAAAGGAACUUUAUUUGGUGAUGAUAACGACGAAUUAUUUAGUUCGAAAGAGAAGAAGAAUGCUGUAUCAAAACCAUCUUCAACCACGAGAUCCAAGUCACCGACGUCAACAAAACCGGUUUUCGAAGAUCCAUUGUCAAUGUUUGAGAGUAACGAUUGUUAAAUUGUUGUCGGUCUCGAUGGCACACAUUAGUUUGCCAUCUUGGUGAAAGGGUUUGCCAAUCGGCGUAAGAUACUCGCCGAUUAUUGGUACCUUAUUGCGGGGAGGCACCUUUCGUGUACAUUAUAGUUAAAUUUAUACUAGUUUAAACGUCAGGUUGUGGCAUAUUGAAGGCCUAAUUUUCUCUGAUAAUAAGAACAAACAGGGUCAAACUUGUUAGUAUGAUUUACCCUGGUCUACUUGAGACGAGAGCUUCUUGUGAAAGAGUUGUACUGCCACCUUACAUAUGUCAGCCGCCAAGCAGUAAUGUGACAUUACUGCGUUCCGGUUUAGAAGGGUAAGGGUGCUAGUGAAAUUACAGACACAUGGGA